AUUAAUCAACCUUAAGCUUUCCGUUAGCCUCUACGAGAUUAAAGAUGCAGGGGCAUAUGAAAGUUUUUAUUGCAAAUUUUUAAUUGAUUUAAGUGAGUGGAAAAGGACGUCAGUGAUUACAAACUUUUUAGAGAAUAAAGUAAAAGGUUUGGCAACAAGUCAAAUUAUUAUUAGAGAAAAAUUCGUUGUAGGGGAUUUGCCCCCCUACUUUCAGCGCACUCAAAUCGUCCUAUAUGGGAGAAAUAAGCAAUUAGAAAGUUGCCUAGGUUUGGUAGAAAUUCCAAGAGAAUCAUUGCCUGCUGUGAGUGGGAAAGAGGACUGGUACGUUUUAAGAGAUUUUGACACUGACAUUCAAAUCGCUGGGGAGGUUAAGUUACAAGUUGAAGCUUAUAAAACACCUCAAGGACCACAAAUAUCCCUUCUUUUUCUUGAGGGAAGAAAACUAAAUUUCACUGUUAGCAAUUCAAGUUUGCUUGCCUAUAUUACUCUAACAGAGAAAGGCUUUUCUGUUGACUUGGGGACUGUGGAAAUUACGAAAGGUCCAGCUCUUUUAUUUAAAAGCAAGGAAACGUCCUUCUGUUUAACCGAUGUGAAGGACCUUGAAAGCCAACAGAUCAUGGUCUGUCUGCAUAACGUUUCCCCUGGGGCUUUGACCUGCGAGGACUCUCUUGUAGGAAAGUUGGUUAUUCCUUUAAAAUACAUCCGUGUCGGCUCAAAAGUAACUUCAUGGUACCCGCUAAACCGUUACUAUCCACUCACCCUGGGCGAUCCCGUCGGCACUAAAGUUCGAAUGAAGCUCUUCUAUUCGAACCUCCCAGUUCUACCCACGCCAGCGUAUGAACCGAUUUGGGAAGUCGUAAAGGAUACUCCAACGUUUUUAACUGAAGCGUUGAACGAAGAAAGUCGGAAUAAGGAGGAUACUAGCAAGAUACUGCUAAAGGCUUUUCUCUCGAAGAAUUGUCUCCGAAUGCAUUUAAAAAAACUUUCUGAUUACGAGGUUUUUAACACCUGUGAACAGGGAGACAGUCUAUUCCGUUCUAAUUCCAUAACCACCAAAACGUUUGAAGCGUUUAUAAAGCGGGUUGGGCAUCAGUAUUUACGAAAAACCGUGGGCCCAUCCAUAGAGGCUCUUUUAAAAGAGAAGAAGUCGUGCGAGAUAAACCCAAGUUUUAUUAAGAAAGGUUCGUCUCUAGGGAAAAACCUGAAAACUCUAAAACGUCAUGUUUGUGGUGUUGUCGAGACCAUUUUAGCUUCAGUCUCCGAGUGCCCUAUAGAGAUCCGGGGCGCCAUGUACGACUUGAGAAAGAGUGCUAUGGAACGGUUCGGGCCAACUGUGCGCUACACGGCCGUUGCAGCUUUUCUGAUUCUGCGGUUCUUCAGCCCCGCAAUUAUGGGCCCUCAUCUUUUUGGCCUUGCUGAUAAAAUACCCGAUGACAAUGUCUCGAGAGCUCUUACGUUAGUGGCCAAAUGUGUUAAAAACGUUUUCUUUUUCGUCGCAUUUGAGGAAAAAGAAGAAUAUAUGCUGCCGAUGAAUCUCAUUAUUAGCAAUUAUACGGAUAAAGCAAAGUUCUUCUUCGACCGGUUCUGCACCGACAGUCAGCGCGAGUGCAGUCCACUUGCUAAUGGGGCCAAACGCUUAGCGUUACUGCAUCAGCACUUCGUUGCUCUCUUGCCUGACUUGAAAGCACGAGCAUUGAAAUGUACGGACAGUAAGCGCUGCCUCCAAAACCUUGUAUGUAUCGUAGAGGACCUGCAAGCAUUACUUUUAAGUAAAUUAAAUGCUUUAAAACUCCUUUCCAAGAGGGAGCGAACAUCUGUUGCCCCUCCCGGUCCUGUCGUGGAAAAGGCACCAAACCAGCAUCCUGGAGAAGUUUUUACUUGGGAACAUACUAUGGAUGAAGAAGCCUGUAAGUUAGACCGUAACGAGAAGUCGGUGGUUCGGCUACUGGUAAGAACAGUAGUGCAUCACGUCACUAUGCUUCUUACUCGGUACUCUGAUUCUGACGGAGGACGCACGUUCGGGCCUGUGCUUCAGAAUCUGAAUGAUUCUGUAUUGGGCACAUAUAAUGCGCAGCAUACGCACAUCGAAGCAUCUUCGUUUCUCUCAGUAAAGUACUCUGAGCUGACUGCCUUUGUGAAGUCGCUGAAGUUGUUGGCGGAGCAGUGCGACAGCAGCGGGUCUACUCUUGAGGCUGAAGCAUUGAUGAAAGAAGCCCUUGAGUUUGUUAAGUGGGUCAAAUUGUUUGCCAGUAAGACUUCUACUUUUCUCGAAGCAGAUUUUGAGUCUAGGGAAGACUUUAAAGAUUUUAAAGCGCAGCAGCCUGGGGAAUUAGCACAGCAACCCGAACCCAGUAAAAUGCACGACAUGGAAGCCCUAACACAAGACUUUGAUAGCCUUCUCGGCUUUGAUGCCGGGCUUCAGGACCUUAUCGUUGUCUGCGUAUUUGUAGAAGAGAGUUCGCCUCAUUCUUUGAAGACUUGCCACCGUAUACUGAAGCAGGCUCGCUCUAUCCAUGGUUACUGCUUUUCUGAUGGUGCCCAUGAGUGCAGCUGUACUUUUAACUCGCUCUUGGAUGCCUUGGCCUUCGUAUCCGCUACGCAGCACGCCUUACUGAAAGUUGACGUCAGUUGGCAGAUGAAUCAACCUAGUACUGAAGAAGCUUAUGCUACUGAGUCAUUGAUCCUCCAGAUGGGGUUCGGAAUUAGCGGCGGGCGUGCAGAAUGCAACCUUGAUAGCAUAACUGGACGUUUAGUAUACUCUGGGCCUCCUGUUCAGAGAGCAGAAAGUCUCAGGGAUGUCAGUGCCAGCGGGCAAGUUUUGGUUGACAAAGACACAUGGGAUAAUCUAGCUGAAAGCGUUACCAAAAUUCUUAAAGUUCGUGCUAGGGAAGUAGGGGAGUUGGGCCCACCGCGCUUUCCAAGCCGGCUAAAAGUUGUUCAGCUUGACCUUCCUGGCCUUCCUGAAAGACAGUUUCCGCCAAUAGUCAACGAUCAACAGGGGCACCGAAAUAUGUUUAUACGAAAGUUUAGGCUUCAGCAGAAAACGCUUCCAAGAGGUAAGGUUGCCUGUGUCUCUAUAUCCAUUAAGAAUAUGGAGAAUAUUCAAGAGAAAAAUCAUGCUGCCUUUUUGCAAGCUCUUCUUCUCUAUGAAGAAAUUAUAAAACGCUGUUCCGCCUACUGGCAUGGCCAUGAGCUCAAAUGUGACAACGGCGUUUUUGAAUCCCUUUUCAAAGAGCUUAAGAAAGCCGUGGCCUUUGCGUUGAUGUGCCACGAAAAACUGAAGGAGGCCCCGUGGGCGCCCGAUAUUUUAGAACUCCCGGAGGCCUCUACAACCCGAGGCGGCUCACAUAAUAUACUCGUGCAUAGAGGCCUUCGAGCGAAGAUAGGGAUCGACUACGGCCUCGUACUAUCCCUCCCGGACAGUUUGACCGGCACGUUUAGGUUCCGCGGCAAUGUGCUCCUGCGGGCCGCAUCGUUGAGAAACUAUGCGGACGGAGGGCAAACGCUGCUAUGCCAAGCACUGCUCCCCAAUUUAUUAUCUUCAGAUUUGCAGCAGCUCAAGGCCAGCACACGAGACAUUGGUUUUUUGGUGCUUCUGAAGUCGGGUAACCUGGAGCCAAUCUCGCAGAUUGUUAAGAAAGAGUUAAACUUCUACAAUUUCGUUGUUACUCCUGAUAAUAACCUGGUGCCGUCUUAUGAGAGACACACCAGAAGAAUUCAGUCAGGUCAUUCGGAGAUGUGGGCUUUGGUUGAAAACGAGCUACGCGCUAUAGAAUCACCAACCUGCGACGCUCCUCGCAGGCUAUGUGAAGUGUGCAAGGAAGCACUUUCGCCGUGCAGCGACUGGGUUAGCGUGGGCAGUAAGUCUUUUCAUAGGCAACACUUCACAUGCGUCUGUUGCAAGCACAGCCUCAUUGACCGCUGCUUCGUUGAAAGCCAGGACUCCAAAUUCUACUGCACGGAAGACUACGAGAGGAUCUUUGCCAAGGUCUGUGCCUCUUGUAACGGAAAAAUUGAUAAGCGAGAGGCUCAUCUUAAAGCUUGCGGGAAGUACUUCCACAGCGACCAUUUCUUGUGUGCUCACUGUGGCAUCAACUUAAAAACCAACCCGUUUAUGGAGGUCUACGGCCAACCGUACUGUCUGAAAGACUUUGAGGACUAUAUAGCACGCAGAUGCGCCGCUUGUCAUAUGCCUAUCGAGGAUGUUGAAUUCGUUGAAGCCAAAGACAACUCCUGGCACGUCUCUUGUUUCAAGUGUGAGAUUUGCUACAGUUGCCCAGAGGAGAACCAAACCUUUUACAUUCAAGAAGGGAACCUUCUAUGCCGCUCCUGCCGUCUAGCACAAGAGUCAUCUAGCCGGCAAUUACCCGGCAAGUUUUAUAAAACGCCAACCACCCAAUAAACUUAAGACACUAUGUGUCAUUA